AUGGGUACUCAUUGCAAGAGUACUCAGGGACAGUCGGAAAUCGUUUACGGGAUUCAGCCAACACUAGCAGCUUUAAGUGCCAAGCAAAGGGUCGUCUCAUGUGUAUUUGUCAGAGAUGACCUUCUUCAACUUUCUUCCGAGGUUCUGUGCAGUAAAAAUCCCUGGCUUUUGGCUGCUGUUCAACUCGCAUCUGAAAUAGAGAUUAAACCCGUUUCUCGUGAAUUUCUCACUGAUCUCACCAACGGUCGUUCCAACCAAGGCAUCGCCAUCAAAUGCACACCAAUGCCUAUGCCUAGUCUUCAUGGCAUCUCAGCUUCUUCUCUCCUUCACUUCAACCACUGUGCAUAUAAUCGACGCAAGUCUGGGUCCUGUUGUGGUUCAUCAUCUAUUGUCCUAUUUCUAAACCAAAUUCAAGAUGUCAUGAACAUGGGUAGCAUCUUGCGUUCUGCCGUCUUUUUCGGCAUCCCAACUGUGCUUAUUUCUGCCUUUUUUUCUGCAACACCAUCCCCUCUCAUCAGCAAACUUAGUGCUGGUGCAAUGGAAUUUCUGCGAUUCUUUCGUGUCACAAACCCCGCCUCCACUUUGAAACAGCUCUCAGAUGCUGGAUUUGUUACAGUAGGCACAGCUGGAAUGCAGCCGGAUUCUGUGGAAAAUUUGAAUUAUUGUCCACCGCUAGAGUUGCCUUUGGUUAAACCUGAUAUGAUAGGUGCGUCAAAAGAAGGCGCUGCUAAGCCCCUUGUUCUAGUGCUUGGUUCAGAAGCUCGUGGCUUGCCAGAUAAUGUGCUAUCAACCUGUAACCUCAUUGUUAGAAUCCCCGGUCUUGUUGAUUGGAAAGUGGAGCAUUUGGGUGCAUCUUCCAUCGCGUCGCCUCUUCCUACCUCUCUCAAUGUGGCAGCAGCCACUGCGAUUCUGAUUGGUUUCGGUGACCCACCCCCAUUUAGUGAGCAAGUGUACCGGUUUCUUCCUGCUGGAUCCGAGUCUGAUUUAAAUCACUUCAGUAACUCUAACACCAAAAACUGCCCUCACUUGGAGCGGUGUCUUAUCCUGGAGAAGGAGCUCACUAAAGCCAAAUGGAAGCUCACAGAGGCUACAAUGAUCAACGCUUCAGUAAAUAGCGAGUUAGCUACACUUCGUACUCUAGUCAGUGGUGCCAGAACUGCUGAAGGAGGAGCAUCGCAGAGCGCGUCUUCUCAGGGGAAGUGGUCCCAUGACCAGCUUUCUACGGAGUUAAAGCAAACUACGACAGAAAACGAGAUUCUUAGGGACGAGAUCCGUCUGCUCCGAGUGCGGUUGGAGAGUUUGGAGAACAUUCUUCAGGUGCAGGAAAAUGCUGCAGCCUCAACGUGCAACAGAUCUGAACACCAGGCGGGAGACACCACCCAAUCUAUUUCAACGUGUGAUCGGUUGCUGCGAGCUUGGCGACACCAGGUAAUGAGGCUGUUGAUUGAACGGGCGGCACACGAGGAGAUUUGUAUCAAAGCGAAGAAGGCUACCCAAGAUCAGCUCAGUAGUCAGAAGGAACAGCUAAAGAGCCUGCACGCUCAAAAUCAAGCUCUCAAUCGUAAGCUUGUGGCGAAAGCGGCGGCCUUAAAGGCAAAUUUUAAAAAGACUGAGGAUUACUCUCAAGAGAUCCAACACCUGAACCGUUGUCUCCAACUCUCCAACAACUCAAAUACCUGCCUGACCGAAUGUACAAAGUCAGCACUGACCAGACUUCAUGCUGAUCUAAUUGCCAUGAAUGAGCAGUGGAAUCGUGUAUUUACGGACGACGGAGACACCGACUCCUCGCCAUUAAUGCGACGUCUUCGACGAUUGGAACGGCGAAUACAGUGUGUGAGUGGACGUCUUCCCAUGGUUCGAGUCCUUCUCUCUCGAAAGAGAACUCCUGAAAAGCGAGUAGAGCAAGAGCUGGACAGAGCAGAAGAACGAGUAGCAUCACUGAAGGCCGAGCAUAAGCGAAUUGUGUGCGAGAAUACGGAGGAGAAAGUGAAGCUUGAGACCGAGUUGACCAACACGAAGAGUGAUCUCUCCAAAGCCCUCAUUUCCGCCCGACGCGCGGAGCGAAUGGCCAUGCAAGCGAAUCAUGAGAAGGAGGCACAGGUUUGA